AUGUCGUGGGUCCUCUCGAUCGCCGGCGCGCUGGCCGCCAUCAUCGCGUUCUACCUCUGCGCGAACCGCCUCGUGCUCUUCUUCAGCACCAUUAGCUUCCAAGACGGACCGUACGUCCUCGGCGUCCACCAGUGGCGCAGCAACAACCGCGCCGGGCCGCACUGGUGCAACAUCUGCGAGUCCGUGGCCUACGGCAUCCGCAGCAACGUGGUGAGCUGCGACAUCUGCGGCAUCACGGCCCAUGGCCGCUGCGCGCUGCUGUACCUGCGCGGCGGCGGCCUGCCGGAGCGCUGCGCCUGCAAGGUCGCGGCCGUGCCCAUCGACUCGGACGCGCGUGCGCUCGAGCAGCAUGCGUGGGUCAAAGGCAACAUCGAUCCGCUCGACACGUGCGACAUCUGCGGCCUCUUCUGCGGCAGCAUCCUCGCGCUCUCGGCGAUCCAGUGCGCGUGGUGCCAUCGCCGCGUCCACGAGACGUGCUUUCACAACGGCGGCAUUAGCCCUGCCUGUGACUAUGGCCCGCACGAGCGCCUCAUCCUGCCGCCCUCAUCGAUCCGCAUCCAGCCCAAGCCGACCGUGCUCUCGUCGGUCAAGUCGGCGGUGCAGAAAAUCAAGUCGCGCGCGCUCCAGCACCGGUCGUCGUCCUCGAGCAAGCUAGCAACGACGGACGACGAUGCGUCGCCGAUGAAGACGCGCUCCGGCACGGUCCGCCAACGCCGGGCGACCGAAACGAGCAUCACGCCGCCGCCGUCGGCAGGGUACGCGUCUUCUCUACAUUCUAGCUUGUGGCUGGACGCAGGAUGUAAUAGAGCCACAACGACCGAGGUCGUUGAAGUCGAUACAGACGAGAUGCUGCCGUAUGUUAUCGAGCAGCCCAUCGGAUCGACGCCGCUCUUGGUCUUUAUCAACAGCCGCAGUGGCGGUCAAAUGGGCGUCUACGUUCUUCGACAGCUGCGCAAGUGGCUCAAUCCCCUUCAGAUUUAUGACCUCUCGGUGCCCGGUGGUCCUCGUCCGCCUUUGCUGCAGUUUCGACACGUGACGGCGCUUCAGAUCCUCGUGUGUGGCGGCGACGGCACGGUCGGCUGGGUGCUUGGCACGAUCGAUGAGCUCGUGGCACAGGGCUUGCUGCGUCAACCUCCCGUGGCGAUCUUGCCGCUUGGCACGGGCAAUGACCUCGCGCGUAUUUUGGGCUGGGGCGGCGGCUACUCGGACCAGCGCAUUAGCGACAUCCUCUCGGACCUCGAGAAUGCGCACACGUGCCUCCUCGACCGCUGGCGCGUCGACCUCAACGGUGCCAAGCACUGUGUGCUCAACAACUACUUUGGCGUCGGUGUCGACGCUCAAGUGGCACUCGAGUUUCACGAGCAGCGCGAGCGGUCGCCAGCGCUCUUUAUGAGUCAGUUUAUCAACAAGCUCUGGUACAGCCGGUUUGGCGCCAAGAACUUUAUCACGCGGACGUGCGCCAAUCUCGAAACCAAGAUCCAGCUUGUGUGCGAUGGCGAGCCCAUCGCGCUGCCGUCGGGUAUCGAAGGCGUCAUCGUCGCCAACAUCAACAGCUAUGGCGGCGGCUCGGUGCUGUGGCACGACGUCGACGUCGACAACGAAUAUACGUUUAUGCAGCCGCAGGGCCAGCAACGCUUUUUGGACCUGCCUCGAUGCAAGAUGGUCUGCUGGAUGUCGUGGCUGUCACUGGCACCCUUCAUUUGGGCCAGCUCCAGGUCGGGCUUUCGAAAGCAAUUCGUCUCUGUCAAUGCAAGCACAUUGAAAUCAAGCUCCUCGAGCGACUCCCGAUUCAGAUUGACGGCGAGCCGCGCAUGCAAGACGCAUGCGACAUUGACAUUUCGUUCUUCCACCAGGCCUUUAUGCUCGGCAAGACGAUCGAAGAGCGCGACACGGUCGCCCGCCAGGUCGCAGAGACGCUGGAUUGGGCGGGCCAUUCCAAGAUCAUCACAUGGACACAGCGCGACAUUCUUCUCGCUGAAAUCGUUCGGCGCGUCAAAUCCAAGUCGCUGCCGACGAAGCGGUCCUCGGUCGAGUACAACAUGUGAUAAGACCCCCAAAUACGAGCUUGCAGCCUCAUAAAAAGGA